UCUGUCACAGAGUAUGGGUGGGAGAGCCAAACAUCAGGGAAGUCAACUGCGAAACUUGGUGGAAGUCUUUCUCGAAUGAGUUGCGUUGUUGUAAACGAAGAAAUACGUUAGUCUUACUUUCGUGACUUCUAUGGCUAGAUGAUCCGGGUUGGUAUAAGUGGUGAACUAGUUAACGGAGGGUUAAAUUUAACGCAAACGAGUGUCACCGUCAGAAAACGCGUUCGACGUGAAGGGUUAAGAAUUACGACAUCAUCCAGCUGAGCUUCCUGAACUGAAGUCAAGUGGUUGUUGGGUAGAGCCAGCGACCGCAGAGGACACCAAAAGGGAACGGAACUCUCACGGAGGUCGGAUAAGAGGUUAACCAGAACACCGACGUUGUAGAGUUAACCUUAAAGGACUUUAGAAUGUCUCUGCUUGGCCAGAGCCAGCAGUUGUUUCCCACGAGUGUCCAGGUAACGGUGCACCAGGCUCGGAACCUCCGUGUGAAGGGAAAGAAUGGCGGCAACGACGCCUAUGCCAUCAUGCAGGUGGCCAAAGAUAAGUUUUCCACCUCGGUGGCGGAAAAAAGCGUCGCCCCGGUGUGGAAGGAGGAGGCCUCGUUUGACCUGCCACUUUUCCACCCGGGAAACGCCGAGCGCUGUACUCUGUACAUCAUCGUCAUGCAUCGAGCCCAGGUGGGACUCGACAAGUUUCUGGGCCAGGCCGUGAUCAACCUGCUGGAACUCCAUGACGACAAGUCGCGCAAAAAGACACAGUGGUACAAGCUAGUGGACAAAAAUGGAAAGGAGGACAAGGUGCGAGGCGAGGUGAUGCUUGAUAUCCAGUUUAUGAGAAACAACCUGUCAGUGAGCAUGCUUGACCUUUCGAUGCAAGACAAACCCCGAUCUCGCAUCUCCAAGCUGAAGGACAAAGUCCGUGGGAAGAAAAAAGAUGGCUUCUCUGACUCUGCUUCAGCUAUUGUUCCCUCUGUCAGUAAGACAGACCUUACAGACAGUGAGGAGGACGCCGACGCAAAGUCUCUUAAUCAGGCUCCUGGAGCAAAGAAGAAGUCCAAGCUCAAAACCCUGUUUGUCCCCAAGUCAAACCUGCAACGCAACAUCUCACAGUCCAUGUCUACUCUCGGAACGCUCCCAGAAAAGAAUUCCUCUCUCAGCGGCAGCCGCUCUUCUGGCCUCAAUGUAGAUUCUCCUGAAGGUAAAAAGAAAUUCAAAUUUCUGGGACACAAGCGAUCAGGAAGCUCUGACAGUAAAACGUCUCUUGGUCCUUUUUCUGUUCUGGGCCGCUCCAAGCAGAACAUAAACGACCAAAACAACUUGUGCAUAAAUGGCAACCACGUGUACACUGAGGAAUCAAAGACCAAGAGUGGGUCUACGCUGAGUCUGAACAGCUCUGGCAAAGGCUCCCUGGAGGACAUCCGCAAAAACACAUCUGACAUUCCUGCAGAAUCCUCCAAAACUAUAAACGUCCCUGCAUUCAAAUCUGAACCAAUCAAUAAAGUUUCAUUAGAGCAACAGCGCCACCAAGAGGCAGAAGAAAGAAGGCAGGCAGAAGAGAAGCGUCUUGCUGAGGUGAGAAGACUGGAGCAAGAGGAGAAAUACAGGGCAGAGGCCAAGAAACUCCAGGAGGAAGAGCAGCGCAAGCAGCAGGAAGAGCAGGAGAGGAGACGCCGUGUCAUUGAAGAUGAAGCAAGGAGGAAGAAACAAAAUGAGGAGGAGAGGAGAAGAGAAGAAGAGCGAAAAGUGCUGGAAGCUGCUGAAAAUCAAAGGCUUGAAGACGAGCGUGGAAGAGCAGAGGAGCGCAAACGCCAAGAGGAGGCCUCCAUGAGCGAUAGGCUGACGUCUUUGUUCGGGAUGAUCCGAAAGAAAGAGGAGAAAAAGGAAGAUGUACAACAGCAAGCUCCUGUGGAGCAGCACCCCACCCCGGCAACUCGCACCAACUCAGGAGCACCCACUCAGUCCGUGUCCCAUCACUCCACUAACCCAUUUGAAGACACCUCUGGUCCUUCAACUGUCGACAGUGAAAGUUCAGCCGCUAACCAAAAGUUCAACCGCAACCCACAAGCCCCCUCUGCUACAGUUUUUCUCAGCCGGACUGCUAAAGUGUCAGCCGUCAAACCCAGACUCUCUCAAAGUUCGGAGUCUGAAACCCCUGACUGUCAAUCUCCGGUUCAGCUAGACUCCUUCUCAGUCAGGUCUGAGUCCACUUUCACUAGAGUCCCAGCAGAGUCCUCUGAGGCUUUCUCCAAUCUACACCUACUGUUGGCUCCACCAAACAGGAGCCCAAGCCGGCCUGGUUCUCCCCGUGGCAGUACAGAGGAUUUGUCAUCUGUUGAAUUGGGGAGAUCAUCAUCAUCUGCUAUGGCAGACCAAAGGAGAAAAGCCAUCCUACCACCCUCAUAUUCUGGACAUAGGACCCCAACUGAGGAAAGUUUGGCUCCUGUCAAAAAUCCAGUGUAUGUAGAAGAAGAUGGACCUCCACGAGGAAAUAAGUUGUCUUUACCACUUCCUGAUUAUGAAAGCCUCUUUCCUCAGAGAAGACAUGGAGUACAAGGGCAAACUCGUUGGGAUCAUAUAGUUGCUGAGGUCAACCAGAAACAAAGGGACAGGGGACCUGAACUUGUGGGUCCUGAAAUGAGUGUUGAUGGGCCAGAAGAAUAUGCAUCAAGUCUUAAAUCCCACAUGCCACAGGAGACUCCUGCUGAGAAGAAGCCUACGACGAAACCGGUGUCGUCAAAAAAAGCGGCCGCUCCUGCUCCACCAAAACAAGCAUCUUCUGGUGUAGACUUCAGCCAGAAACACAGACAGAAUGUCACCCCCCAGUCUGUAACGAGACAUAGUCCAUCUGUAGUCCCACCAUUUAGAAAAACGGGCUCCCCCAGCAACAGAAUGUUCAGAGAGGGAGAUGGCAAUGUGGCAAAAGCAUCAACCGAAGGCGCACCUUCACACCGACCACAGAGUCAGAAGACUUUUGAUCCAACACCAGCAGCUGACCAAAGGUCUGUGCAAGUUGCUUUGGACAAACAACCACCCACAGCUAAACCCAGACAAAGGGUUGGUGCCAAAGAGCCUGCACAGCAGGAGCCAUCUGCUGUGAGCAGUAGCAUCCAAACAUUGUCUAGUGUGAGCAAAACGGACAACAAAACAACGAAAAACAUUGCAGAGUUGGAUCAGCUUCCUUAUACGGAGCAUAAGUCCAAAGAUGGACCGGGACACCUAAAGCAGAACCAAGAAGAUGAUGGCCUGUUCACUGGCAGGCAGGAAAAACGGCAGCAGAAAUCCGAGGAACUACUGAUGAGAAAAGAUUAUUUAAAAGAUUUUAGCAUUGAAAAUCCUGCUGAUCAUGUUGCCCUAAAUGAUUGUGAUUCAGAAAAGACGAGUGAGAGCAGGAAAGAGGAGGAACAAAUGCCACAAAGUCCCUCUUUUCAACGAAAAAACUCACAAAGAGCAAAGAAGAAUCUUCCACUGAGAAGUCUCACAGACGACAAAACUUUCAUGUCUCAGCAAGAAUCAGCAUCUAAUGAGAUGCCAGACUUGCCCUCAGGAGAUGUUGUCGAUGGUUCCGUAAAACCCAAGUCUCAGUAUGAUGCCAGAACACAAAGCAGUUUUAAUGCGGCAAAGGAUCAAAAUCAAACCGAAGUUUUUCAAGGACAUUCAGCUUUUUCCUAUUCUGAGCCCCUCCCAGUUGUCCCAGAGGAGCCAGAAGCUCAAACUGGAAAUAUAUGGGGGGGAAAGACACCUUUGAGAGCGUGGGUGUCCCCCUCUGAAGCCCAGCCUGUCAGUACUCAGUAUAGCAAUGGAAGUGGGCUAGCAUUAACUCCUCGCAGACCACAUCCUGUGAAGCCUAUGAGCUCACCGGAGAUCCAGCAACCCACCAUUCCUCCUGCUGUGAAGGAAAUAAAGGUGGUGAGCAGUGCACCUGCAAUAAUGAAGAUGGCUGAUUCUGUGUCAAGUGGUCCUUAUGGUCAGCUGACACAAGAGGAGCUGAUUUCGCUGGUGGUGAAGCAGCAGGCUGACCUCUCCAAGAAGGAUGCUAAGAUCAGUGAGCUGGAGCAGUAUAUAGACAAUCUGCUUGUCCGUGUGAUGGAGGAGAAACCCACUAUCCUGUUUUCCCUCAACUCUGCCAAGCAAGCUUGAGCGCAUGCUUGUUAGAAAGAGAGUGCCUCUCCUUAAGGCUGGGGAGGGAAGGUUGCACAUGUUUUAAGUGAUGUCGGUGCGUUGAGCACUUUCAGUUUCAAAGUCGGAAAGCUUUGAAAAGGCUGCAAAAUAUUCAGAAUCCUACAUUUAUGGGGAAUCGUACGCAUUUUGACACUAAGGUACUGCAAUUAACUUUAGGUAUAUUAUUCAGAAUUUUGAUCUUUCACAUAUCUCGUACUUCAAAUUGGGCUGAAUGUCUAUUUAAUAUUAUUUCAUAUAAGUUAAGUCGUUUUUUUGUGUUGUUUGUUUUAUUCCUUGAGUUUUGCUGCAGCUUAGUGCUGCCCAAUACAUCAUUCCAAUAUUUUAUAUCAAACAAACAUUUCUCAACAAUGCGACUCUUUUUACUUCACUGUUAAAGUCUUUUUUUUUUCCCUCUAACUGAUUUUAUUUAGGUUUUUUUUGUUGUUGGCCACAAAGGAAUUCCACAUGUCUUUUAUCUGAAUUUGUCUGUUGCUGCUGUAAAAAUGUGUCUUUAGAGCACAGAGCAGAGAAAAGCAGCCUCUCUGCUGUGUUCCUUUGCUUAAAUCAGUGCAGAAUCUUCAGCCUUCAUUUAAUUUUGCAUCCCAUCAGUUAAGAAUAAAAUGAUGAAGCAUUUCUGCAUGAUGCAAUGUUUUUAAGAUGCAUUUAAGAUUUUAAUCACUUAAAUGUAAUGCAUUUACAUAAUUGUGUAUGUACAUAAUAGGAUAGAAAGAUUAAUGAUAUUUAGUCAGAAGUGUUUUAUGCUGCUUUUUGUCUAAAUAACACUAAUGCCUUACUAAAAGUACAGCAAUAUUCCUCUGUGCAACCGUGCCUUUAAGCAGCCUUGUGUUUUGGUGUUAGAAACCUUUGAUUAAAAAUGUGUGGCCUCAUCUUUUACUGGAGUGAAAGUUGAAAUAAUGUCCAGCUUGAUCACCUACAGAUGAUGCAUGUUAAUGAAAUGUAUAAUUGGUUUGUUUUUAUUUUAAAUAAACACACUAAAUAUGA